GGGACGGGCAUGGCAGAGAUGCGGCCGGGAACGGCGGCGGGGCUGCAGCUCAGCGCGCUGCCCGACCACUCCCCGCUGCUGCAGCCCAGCCUGGUGGAGCUGCGGCGCCGGGCGCGGGCGGCGGGCGCUCCGCCGACGCCUCUGCCACUCACCGACUCCUUCCUGCUGCGGUUCCUGCGCGCCCGGGACUUCGACCUCGACCUGGCCUGGCGGUUACUGAAAAACUAUUAUAAGUGGAGAGCAGAAUGCCCAGAAAUAAGUGCAGAUCUAUGCCCUCGAAGUAUUCUUGGUCUUCUGAAGGCUGGUUAUCUUGGAGUCCUGCGAGCCAGAGACCCCACUGGCAGCAAAGUUCUGAUUUACAGAAUUGCACAAUGGGACCCAAAAGUUUUCACAGCUUAUGAUGUUUUUCGUGUAAGUCUAAUCACAUCCGAGCUUAUUGUACAGGAGGUAGAAACUCAGCGGAAUGGUAUCAAGGCUAUCUUUGAUCUAGAAGGCUGGCAGUUUUCUCAUGCUUUUCAAAUUACCCCAUCCGUAGCCAAGAAGAUUGCUGCUGUUCUUACAGAUUCCUUUCCAUUAAAAGUUCGUGGUAUCCAUUUGAUAAAUGAGCCAAUAAUUUUCCAUGCUGUCUUUUCCAUGAUUAAACCAUUCCUGACCGAAAAAAUUAAGGAACGGAUUCACAUGCAUGGGAACAAUUACAAACAAAGCUUACUUCAGCAUUUCCCAGACAUUCUUCCUCUGGAAUAUGGUGGUGCAGAAUUCUCCAUGGAGGACAUUUCUCAGGAGUGGACAAAUUUUAUAAUGAAGUCUGAAAAUUAUCUCAGCAGCAUCUCACAGAUCAAUCAGUGAGAAGAAGUUAUUUAAUGUGAAUGACUUCCUAAUUACAAAUACGUGAGUGAGAUCCUACCUGGUUAUAUGAAUGAAAGAAAAAAAUCCUUUAAGCUAAUUAACACUUGUCUGAUUGAUCUUUUAAAUUGUAAAACUCUUCUGACAUGAGCAACAUGGAUAUUUGGGAAACUUCUUGACUUUUUAAAUGCACUUUCUUUAUCUUUCAAGUAGUUAAAUGUUUGUAUACCUUAAAAGCAUAGAAAGGAUUCCUGAUUUUUAUACUUGAAAUUAUCUCCUAAAGUAGCUGUUUCUGAAGUUUCAUUUUCAACAAGUUAUCUGACUACAUUGGUUGAGUAAUAAAUGUAUAAAUAGUCCACAGAAAAGAAGUAUUAGUACAAAUCAACUGAUGAUAAAAAUCUAUUAAUACCCAUCUUGGGUGAAUGUCAGAUUAGAUUAUAAUUCAGAUUAAAAUCUGAAUACAGUUUUACAGAGUUUUUUCUAUGGGCCAGCAAGAUAGUUCAUCUCAGGGAAUUUCUAUUUCAGCACAUGUACACAACAGAAACUUUUGAUUAAAGAGUCUGUGCACCAUAAAGUAUUAUAUGUAGCAUCUAGAGGUCUUCAUGAAAUUACUCAUGUUGCUACAAUUGAUAAUCAAAAAUAAUUUAGGAAAUAUUUCAGGCAUAGCUGAUAGUUUUUACAUACUUUUCCUGCAUUUUCAAAUAAAUCAAGAAUGUAAUUCUGACAUCAGUUUUUGGAUAUUCUUAUCAUGACUACAUAGACAAUUAGAAAUGGAAUAAUAUUUAAUUGUCAUACAUACAUGACUCUAUUUUUAAUUGAACAAUAACACAACUACACAAAGGAAAGGAAAUGUUUACAUUUAAAAAAUCACUGUCAGUUACACCUGGAACUUUUCAGAUUAUAUAUGAAAUAAUUCUACGUUUACUACAUAUCAGAAUAUUCUAGCCAAAUUCUAUAAUUCAUGUGUACUUUAAAAAAACAGUAGUUAAAAUGUGAUGUUUCCAUUAUAGUUUAUGUCAAAGAAUAUUUUGCUUAUUAAGAAAGAUACAAUGUCAAUAUAGCUUUCAGUUUAUGACUUUUUAUAGUGUUUCAUAAUUUUUUAAUUUUAAGAUUUAAAAUAAAAAAAACACAGGGUGCAAAAUUUGUUAAAUAUUGUUUAGCUUAGUUGGGUUUCAACAUUAAUCAUACAAUGGCAUCUUUGUGAAAGGAUAUAUGAAGGGCGUUUUUCUUUAUAAGAAAAUUAUUCUAAUCAGGUGAGCUGAUACUUGUGAUUCUCUGUCUAUGAAAAAAUUGAGAGCACUUGUGAAAGUUCUUUAGAGAACAUAUUUAAUUUUGACUUGGCAUUGGGAAGCUAACUUUACAUUA